CGCAGGCCAUCGCCCUCUCUUGCUCUUGACCACCAUGCACCCCUUUGGAGGAACACCGAUAUGUCCUCGCUGCAGUAAAGCUGUUUACGCAGCGGAACAAAUUAUGGGCCCAGGGCGAAAGCUGUAUCAUAAGCCCUGCUUGACAUGUACAUCAUGUAAGAAACGUCUAGACUCGUACAGUUUAGUGGAACACAAUGAGGAACCAUACUGUAACACUUGUCAUGUAAAAAUUUUCGGCACCCGCGACCUCCGGCACGCGAACCUUCCUGACCGCGACGACGUUUUUCUGUCUCCACCUACUUCCCCCGCUUCUGUAGAUGCCACACUUCCUCCUAUUGUUUCUCCCUCAAGCGCUCCGCCACCGUUGCCACCGCGCCCCGCGAGUGGGCCGUAUACCAGCCCGCGCGAGGGCGCGACGUCUCCUGUCUUCAAACCCACGCAUACCUGGGGCCAGAAGCGUGCGUCGUUCGGUGCUCAGAUCAGUUUACCAACCACCUCAUCGUCCACACCACCGAAGGAAAAGCCCAUGGAGCUCACGGAGACGAAGAACGCGGAUGCUGAUGAAGACUGGGGGCCGCCGGCCGUAACAGGAACCCCUUCGCACGCAGGUCGCGGUUCGAAUGGUCUUCCGCGAACGGUACCUCUGGAGUCGACUAUGGCUGGCCCACCGCGUACACCUGGUCCUGUCAAGAAGUCGAUCACCUCGGACGGGGUUACGUCGAGCACUCCUGUGAUCGGAGGUAGGAUGACGAUACCGCUCGGACCUACGCCUACGGGUACUCGGUACGGGGCGGCGUUGAGUGGGCGGACGGCUUCACCGAUAGCGCCUAUGACAACAGGGAGACAGUGGGGAGGUAGCAACUCUGUCUGUCCAAAAUGCCAGAAGACAGUCUAUUUUGCCGAGCAGGUGAAGGCGAUCGGCAGGACCUGGCAUCGCAACUGCUUGCGAUGUACGGAGUGUGGCACUGUGCUAGACUCUUCGCGUCUCACGGAGAAUGAAGGCAGCCCAUACUGCAAACACUGCUACGGCAAGCUUCAUGGGCCGGCAGGCAACGGAUAUGCUCUGCUGGGCAAGGCCGGAGGUUAAAAUUAUUCUCCUUUCUCGUGCCAUUCGGACAUUUCUGUAGCUAUGCGAGGUGUUAGAUCUUAGCCUAUCAACCCAAUGUAUUCCGCUGAUGUAUCGAUCGGAUCACCGCUUGUAAUUGUCCUCACAUAAUGUAUAGCAGCCAUCUAUUCGC